AUGACUAGGGACCUGCCAACCAAAGAGGAUCUGUUCGCGGAGAACUCUCCCUUCCCCCUAACGGAUCUGGACAAAUGGAUUCUGGCACAGAAGGAUGAAGAGUUCAAGAAGCACGAUUGGGAGGGGUUGAGGAAGAUUAUCGAUGCCAACGACCUGGCUGCCUUCAAGCGCACCCCCUCGGACUUGCGCCGCUACAUGUUCUGGACCAGAGACAUCAAGGCCGGGUACGGAUCCAUGACCGCGUACAUCCUCGCCAACCGACUGCCCAAGACCUGGGGCUCGGCUCCCUUCACGCCCACCUCCGCAGUGCCGUUUGCCGACCCCUCCGACUACAAGGUUCUGCUCAACGACUGGCCGUAUGCCCUGGAGCCCGGCAUCACGCACCUUGUCGUCUGGUCGCGCACCCCCAUUCCGGUUGAUAGCGACAAGGGCGACCUGACACCAGAAAGCAGAGCCCUGAUCCAGGGAUUUGUGCAGAAGCACUUUGUCGAAGCCCUGGGAGCCGGUGGCAAGGAUCAGGUGCUGUGGUUCAAGAACUGGGUGUCGCUGCAGAGCGUGCGAGCGCUGGAGCAUUUCCACAUCCUUGUCCGUGAUGUUGACGAUGAUACUCUGGAGAAGUGGACAGGAGAGCGACCACGCCGCGAAACCCAGGAGUGA